AUGACGGACCCUCUGCCAGAUGCCGCCGCCGCCAAUGGUUUGUCCUCAAACGCGACAGAUAAGUCACGGCGGUACAAGUGCAAAUAUAUUCUAAAAGCACACGCUAAACCAGUCACUGCGGCCAAAUUCUCGCCCAAUGGCAAGUACAUUGCAACAUGUUCUGCAGACGCCAGCAUCCGAAUUUGGGACGCGUACAGCGGGCAACACAUUGCAGCCUUCGAAGGCCAUAUUCAAGGAAUAUCAGACAUUGCCUGGUCUCCCGAUUCUUUAUAUUUAGCAUCUGUUUCAGAUGACAAAACUGUGCGGGUCUGGGAGGUAUCGAAAGAUGCUGGGCUCCUUCCGGAACCUGGAUCUGGAAUGCAAGCGGCGCGAAUUCUACGCGUUAUGCGCGGACAUACACAUCACAUCAACUCCGUGGACUACAACUUUAAAGGAAACUUGCUUGUUUCUGGAAGCGCAGACGAAAAUCUGCGCAUUUGGGAUGUGCGGCAUUCGCGGUGUUUGCGUACGCUGGCUGCGCAUAGCGACCCGGUUACAACGGUUUGUUUUUCAUCGGACGGUACCAUCAUCGCAUCAGCAAGUCAGGACGGCUUGAUUCGGUUAUGGGAUACACGUACGGGCCACUGUUUGAAAACAUUAGUUGGUAAAACCAAUGUUCCUGUCAUGUACUUGCGAUUUUCACCAAACUCAAAGUUCUUGCUGGCAAGCACCAUGGAUGCAACACUACGAUUAUGGGACUACAUGCGAGACAAGGUGGUCAAGACAUACAAGGCAGAAGAUUUAGAUGAGCAUAGGUAUUCAAGUUCCAGCAUAUUUAUUCCACAUGAUCGACCACUCAUUGCACAGGGAAUGGGACUCAAUUCGAUUACUGUUUGGGAUCUCCAAGACCGUAUUGUUGUGGAAACACUUAAAGGCCAUACUGAUGUAGUUCUUGGACUAGAUAUACACCCGACAGAGAAUCUUCUUGUUUCUUCCAGCAAAGAUGGGACGUGCCGGUUAUGGCAAGGCUUAUAA